AUGAAGCCGACUAAGCUGGCAUUUCUUCUAGGGCUCUUCUUCAUCUGCUCCUGGUGGACCGUUCCAUCAAUGGGCGGCGUUGCUAAAGUCACUGAGAAGAUUUGCGGGGAGCUCAAAGAUCCAUGCACAAUGGAUAUGGAGUCGGGCAGCUGCUUUGAAGUUCACUUUCGAUAUUUCUACAACAAAACUUCCAAAAGUUGUGAAAGUUUUUUCUACAGUGGCUGUGACGGGAACCUUAACAACUACAAACUCAAAAUCGAAUGCCAAGUAGCCUGUGUUGAAAGAUACAAACGAAGGACUCCACAAGAAGAUGACGACAUAUGAAUUCAUGACGCUCCAUCAGAAAUAAAGAUAUAAGAAAAUUCAAG